AUGCCGUCUGACCUGAGACCUGACCUGGAUGGAGACGGAGAGCACGCUGUUGCGCCUCUCCUUGGACACAAAGCAGACGAUGAAGGCCACUCCGGCGAAAGGGGAUUACAUAGGCAUUCGACUUUCCACGAACGCGACCCCGAGACACAAGCGCGAUACGAGACUCGGAAACGGUACACGUAUGCGGGUAUUUUCCUCGCGCUGAGCCUGAUCAGCUUCACGGUCCAGACGGAGACGGCGGUAUAUAUUCAGCAUGAGUUGAAAUGGAAUAAGCCAUAUUGUAUGCUGUACAUGACCCACGGUUCAUGGGUUCUCUUAUGGCCAGUACAAUUACUCCUUCUACGUUUACAGCAUUGGGACACGCCAUGGAACACGUUCUGGCGCCGACAUGUCCAACUCCUCCGCCAGACGGCUCUCAUGGUCCAACACGGGACUCUCCAUCCUUCUAUUCGCCAAUCCCAGGCAUCCCCUGUGCCGUACAUGGUCAAGAUGACCGCAUUUGUGACUUGCGCACUUACAGUGGCUGGCGGAAGUUGGUACAUUGCGGUCAACUGGACGACAGCGAGUGACUUGACUGCUAUCUAUAACUGUUCUGCUUUCUUCGCCUACGCCUUCAGCGUACCUCUACUUCACGAGAAGCUAUGUAUGAAGAAGGUUGGUGCUGUUGCUGUUGCAAUUGUCGGUGUGUUUAUCGUAGCAUACGGCGACCAGACUCCCGCAAAGCACGGUAAUCAGUCGGGUGGUGGAGCUGGUGGCGACAAGGCGCCUCCAUCGCACGAAGCCGACCAUCGAGCUCUCGGCAAUCUUGUAAUCGGCGUUGGAAGUGUCCUCUAUGGACUAUAUGAGGUGCUGUACAAGAAGCUAGCAUGUCCGCCCGACGGUUGCGCCCCAGGCCGCGGUAUGAUCUUUGCAAACUUGUUCGGAAGUUUGAUUGGAACCUUCACCCUCUGUGUUCUUUGGAUCCCACUUCCCUUCCUUCAUUUUAUGGGUUGGGAGAUUUUUGAAUUGCCACACGGGGAGCAAGCAUGGAUGAUGGCCAUCAGCGUCCUUGCAAAUGCCACAUUCUCCGGAUCAUUCCUUAUCCUCAUCUCCCUCACAUCACCUGUUCUCUCAUCCGUUGCCGCUCUCUUGACCAUCUUCAUCGUCGCCAUCGUCGACCAACUUCUCCCUCCUCCAUUGAACUCUCCGCUUACGCCCGCUGCUUUGGUCGGUGGCCUUCUCAUCAUCGGCGCCUUCCUUCUCCUCAGCUGGGCGACUUAUCAAGAAAUGGACGAGGAACGCCGCAAGAAACUCGAGGAAAGCAGCAGCGACAUCGAUGACUAA